GUGGACGCAUGAAAUCCAGGAGCUCCGUUGCAGCAACGAACGAAGGCCAUCGGCCCAUAGCCCACGCAGGUCGAAUACAUAACGCCACUUUCCGGCAGGCCAAGAGCAAAUCCCCUACCUAAUUUCCAGUUGCAGAUUGCAGUCUAAUGGGGCUGAUCCUGGGCAAAAUCUCCGUUGAAACCCCUAAAUACCAACUCAUCCAUAAAGCCGCCGAUUACGAGAUCCGCACCUAUGCUCCCUCAGUACUCGCCGAGGUCACCUACGACCCCGCCGUUCUCGGCGGCCGCGACGCCGGCUUCAUGAUCCUAGCCAACUAUAUUGGCGCCGUCGGCGAACCUCAAAACUCCCGCCCCGAGAAAAUCCCCAUGACGGCUCCCGUCAUCACCCACUCGCCGCAGAAGAUUGCCAUGACUGCGCCCGUCGUUACAAGCGGCGGAGGAGGAUCGGCGCCGGUGACAAUGCAAUUCGUGCUACCGGCUAAUUACGCUAAAGCGGAGGAUGCGCCGCGGCCGACGGACGAGAGGGUGAGGAUAAGGGAGGAAGGUGAGAGGAAGUAUGGGGUUGUGAGAUUCAGCGGCCUGGCGACGGAGGCAACCACGGCGGACAGAGCGGAGAGGUUGAGGAGGAGCUUGGAAAGGGAUGGUUAUAAAGUGGUUGGAGAGUAUGUGCUUGCCAGGUAUAAUCCGCCAUGGACUCUGCCUCCUCUGAGGACGAACGAGGUCAUGCUUCCCAUCGAAUGAUACGUACAGCUUUCUAUUUCUGUGGAUCAUUUUGCUGUUGUUGCAUAAACCUUAUAUAAAUCGAGCUUUUCCUUAUUGAACUUUGAAUCAGUUAUCUUCUGUGUUUGUUUAUGUUUAUGAUUUUAGAAGCUGAAUUCAUUGUAUAGUAUUUUGCCUAUGUUUGCUCAGGCACUGCGCUUUCCA